UGUGAGUGUUCUCAGUCAUACAAACAUGAUUGACAUCGAUGUUGACAUCCCAGCGAGGCUGCGAGCUUCUUUGAUUCAUUCUUUAUUUUCCUUUUCGUCUAUCUCAAUCCUUUGGAAUGACUUUGGCCGCGAUCUCUACUCCCACCUCAACUGGAAAAGUAGAUUCUUUGCCGACUGCCCCUUCCCCCUCGACUCUGCAUGUUUUGCCACGCAUUACGCCAGUCCCCACGAGUGAUGAUUAUCCCACUGAAGUAGUGGUCGCACUCACCACUACUAUACUAAUACCGGAUUAUCCUCUUUACUACCACAUGCCCAUCUCUCAGUUCAGUCCGAGAUACCAAGCGCUGCCGGAUGGAUCCCUCAUUGCAGCACCCUACCGCUACGAGCUUCAGCAAGAUAACGGGGUACUGCUCUUGAUGGGUAUCCUCCUAACCAUCUUUCUACGGAACGCGUUGGUUUCGGGGAACUAUCUUCGACGCAUCAAGGUCCAGCGAACGAUCAUCUUCCGUAUGCUCUUCGCAAGUCAGGUUAUAGCAUCCAUCGGGCUGGUUCCCAAGAUUGCUUCAUUCUUGACCCCACACGUGAACUGCCAUAUUGUGCAAAUUGUGAUUAGUGUUGCUUCCACUCUAUCUAUCGUUUUCAUAAUGUCCGGAAUUUUCGGAUACAAGGCGUACAAAUGUCUUGACAACUCUGUCUUCGUUCUGGCGACCCUCGCGAUUCUUACCGUAGGAGCCGUUAGUAUGAGCUUGGCAGACUAUAUUACCUUGCGCGGUACCACCAGAUUAUCAGGCAAUUGCGCACGAUCUGAUGAUAUGCGUUGGAUCAGAAUCUUUGUUAUGCUUCAACUCGCGCAAUCUAUCUUCUUAUGCUGCUGUUUUUUAUUCGCAGUCUGGAAAUCGCGACAUAACUCUGUUGUUGCGAGGGACCGCAUUUCAGUCCCGCUCUCAAUGGAUUUCGAAGGAUAUGUUCCUAGCGAAAAACCCUUUCACCUCGACCGAUGGGACUUUACUCUUGGUCACAAGCCAGACGAAGUCGUUGGUUCUCAUCCGCAAUCAGCAGUAGUCGUUCCUUCAGAGAUUCCUACCCGCCAGAGUUCCGUUCGCGAAGAGUUGUCUGCACUCCCGCCAUCAAGACUUAGAAUAAGAUCAGCAGCUCAAGCGGAAGACGAAAGUUCUCUCAGGCCCUUGUCCAGCGGGCCCGCAGUUUCCUUGGCACCAUCUACAUUCAGUAGGAUCAGUCAUUACAUGCCCUUUUUAUUCAGAAAAGUAAUGAAGGAUGAGUUAUGCUAUACCGCAAUGAUCACGGUGUGCUGCGCUACCGUAGCCAUAAUUGCCGUGGUAGGGGUCACUUCAGAGGGACUGUUAUGGUUCAUGGGCUGGGCCUGCUUGUACUGGACGAUUACAUCUAUUCUCGCAACGCACAGUCUUGGCCGUGCAGUUGACAGACAUGAAAAGGAAACCGUGCUUCAGGCUGCAGCGCUUCACACGAGGAGAUGGGAAACCGAAAGAACGCGUGUCACAGGUGUUGAUAGGAACUUUGCUUCUUCCAACAGGAUCAGAAGAUUUGCAACUAGGAACACCGAUUCCGAAAAUCCCUUUGACGAUACACGGGCUUUAGCCUCUGCAUACAGUGAUUCGAUGUUGUCGUCGCCUUCCGAUACCCCGUCUUCACCACGAUCGUUCAGCUUGAGAUCUGGUUUCCCUCUCUGUCCGUCUCCGACGUUACAGCUCCCAACAUCUGGUAGGACCACACCGUUGGUUCCCCUAGACAACACCCGAGCUGUGCCGUCAGGGACAGGAUUUAUCAUUGAAGAAAGUCGUAGCAGUGGGAAUGGUAGCACCUCGGGGAGAGGUUAUAGGUUGUGAUUUACUGAAGUAUAUCUUUUAUAUUUUCCAGGUACAGCCUGUUCAUACUUUGAUCGUGCACAUUUACCGUGACCAAUUGUACACGAAUGGGGGAUUAAUCGAUAGCAGGGGCGGGUCAUGCAGUACAAUGUCUUACUUACUCUUCGUUUUGGGAGAUAAAAUGAUUGAAAUACUACAGGCUUUCAUGA